GAGGGAAAGUCCGUUAUUCUAUUCUGAAAGUAGAUUGUUUGGAAAAAACAAAAGGAAUUUUUUUGUCUUGCUUCACAAGCGUGCCUAACAGCGAACAUCGGUUUUGAUGACCUGCGUUUCAAUAAUUGAACAAGAUCAUCUGUAUGGAAUUAAAAGAGCUGUCAGAGUCCUCAGUGGGAUGUCUGAAAUCACACAAUGCAACUCUCUGUUUAUCUACUGCUCUCAGUUUUCAGUACAGGUUAUCUUUUUGCCGUGGUACACCGUGACUGCGGGGGAACUAUAGACAUUCUUCGAGAGAAAAGCGGUUACAUACAUUAUUCUUCAACAGCAGGCCAAGUUGCUUCAAAUGUUAUUACUGGACCUACUUAUUACAAUGGGCUACGACAAGCUAAAUGCACGUGGAUUUUUGAAGCCCCCCCUAAUCAGAAGGUACGAUUGGAUAUCGUUUCUACCGAUUAUACUUCGCGUCUCUGGGUGCAUUUUGAGAACAGCGGAGAUCAGAUGGUCUAUGUGCCAGAGGAGUCGUCAUCAUUCUCUGGGUCGGGCACGACCAUCAUUACCUGGAGAGCGAAACAGUAUGGCAGUUCUCAACAGUCAAUAAAGAUCUACUUCACCGAUAGUGAAGAAAUGAAGAAUUCCUCAGAGUGGGGAAGGGGCGAGUCGCCUCGGACAGCCCCUGCCAUGUACACAGAGGCCUCCUCUCCCAACAUCUCGGGAGCUCCCGGAGCCUGGAGGAAGUCCCGGCUCCCGGAAUCUUCCGUGGACAGCAGGGGCUACCAUCGCCGCACCAUUAGGGCGCGGGGGCUAGGGAUGGGACAUGGUAUGGUCGCCGCAUUCCACAGCCCGACCUCGGCCCCCACCCUCUGGCUCAGCUCCAGCGCGUCUGUACUAUCUGAUAAGGAAGCGGCCCCCCUCCCUCAGGAAGCGCCGCACAAUAACCCGGACACGUCUGGCGCUGCUCUCCCCGUUUCACACAUCACCAUCGCUCCGGACCAGCCCACCAAGGGCAGCGGGCGGAGGUUGGAUGCUGCAGGGCCGCGCCGGUCCAGCUUGGCGACUCAGACCAUAGAAAACGGGCCAGAACCUCCCCCUUUCCUGGACGCAUCCAUGUAUUUCUCCAAACACGCCACCUCCGUUCUCCCUCCCACACAAGGUGUGGACACCAUCUUUCGGAGUGCAGUCACCAGGGCAGCUGCUCCUCUCUCUCGUACUCGAACUGAUUCUGUCACGGCCAUUUUUGGGCUGCACACACAGCCCCCCAACAUGACAGCUCCAGCCCCUCUCACGGUGCCUCCAGGCCAGUGGACUGAUACUCCAGGUGUGACUGAGUCUCACAGCGUCACUUCGACAGUGUACUCACGGUCAGCCCUCACACUGCUGGACUCUGGACAUUCGCCCACCGCCCAUCUCACCACAGCUUUCACAGAAAGUCACAGUGGAAAGGGUUCAACACACGGUGAUGAUAGGCAAACAAUCGCAAGCAAUAUUCCUGGCACUGGUGGACAGGAUGUUACAGAAUGGCCUUCUUUUUCUGCCUCGUUGCCUAGCAGCACCCGUAGUCUCUCAGAGGGGCAAAACGGGUUCUUGGAGUCGACGGGCACCGUGGGGAGGGGCUCACGGAGCGUCACUCAUCCUGAACCUGUCAUUACCUCUGUGUCAGAAGGCCUCACUAACAGAGGCACAGAGCAGGGGUCAUGGGUAAACGGGGAAAGACACGGCACCACAGAGAGAAUAACAGACUAUACUGGAGCAGAGGGCUCCUCCAGGCUUGUCACCAGAAGCCUCUCUGAGGGUGAGAGCGCUGAUGCCCUUCCACCGGAUGUUUCAGAGAAGGCUUCCCGCAUACCACUCUCCACAGACAGCUCGAGUGGCACAGCUUUGCCCCCUGCACUGGGGAGUGUUGGAAUCUCUACAGGCAGCGCAGAUCCAGCUGCCACUCAUAGUGAGGUGGCAUCAGUCACUACUCGUCUAGGACUGGACAUAGAUUUACAUGGCUCAUCCAGCACCUCUGCUGCAACCCUCAUCACAGAUCUGGGCAAAGAGGGCAAUGCAGAGUUUACCACAUCUGUGACCAGCAGGGUAACAUCAACUCGUAGCCCUGUGAAUCGACAUUCCACAGAAACUUUGACAGUGGAACCAGAAAUCAAAGUUUCAGUGUCGCCAAAUGACAUUCACCUGACCCCUGUCUCAGUGACAGCAGUGCCUGGGGUUUCCCCUCGGCCUGAAAGUGAGGGAAGCCCAGCGUAUAAAUCAGGCAGCUCAAACUCUACCUCACAUCCUCUCAGCCCUGGAGAGACAGACACCAGAGCUGCACCGGCUGCCUCCACCACUGCUCCCACGGUCACUGCAGGACCUCAGGGGGGCGCUACUGAGCCUGAGGACAUCUCCAGUGAUUCUCGUGCCCACAGCACCCCUGACAAUCUCUUCAAAUGGGUGACAACCUCUGACCUUCCCUUCACCACAUCCCCUGUUCUGAGUCGGGGGACCAGUGGCACAGAGAGACCUGAGGAAGGAGUUCACAGCACUAGCCCUGUUGGGCAUUUGGAGAAAGCAGCCACCAGCGCUGACCCCUAUUUCUACAGACACACACCCACUCCGGUGGGUUCUGACACCACCUCUCUGAUUAUGACAUCUCAGCCUCCUACCGUGGCCCCGCCCACAGCUGGGUCCCCUCCAACAGUGAGAAGCACAGCAGGGGGCUCUGUCUCUGCAUCCUCAACCCUCUUUACUGUGGGCCCCCAGAGACUGUCCACGUCUGUGCCAGGCGGGACUCAGGGGGCACAGAGGAGAACGGGCUCUCCUGUAUUUACCACCACAGCCUCAGUGUCAGGAGGAACAUCCAGCUCCCCUGUCACUUCUGUUCCAGUUACUGCGACCGUGCAACCUACCAGCACUGUCCGCAGCAAAACCACUCAUCAAACCCCCACGGCGCCGCCCCCCUUGACACCUUGGCCCAGGCCUACCUCACAGGUCUCCAGUCCUCAGACAGGCCCCCUCCCUCCCAGGACAGAACUGUCUACCAGCAGAGCCUCCACACAGUCACCCUCUGGCAGAACUCCCAUGAUCCCCAGCUCCACAGCUAAACCGGUCAGAGGCAGGGUAUUCAUAAUGCAGAACCAGCCAGCCAUCCUAAAAGAGGAAACUGUUCGGCUGCUGCUGCAGAUUGUUCUGGACAGUGGGUCUCGAGGGGAGCCGGAAUCUCCUCAGGCUGACAGCAUUAACAUGGAUGCAGUCCAAAAGGUAGAACCGCUCUUACAGAGGGCUUCAGGUUACGAGGGGCUGCAGGUGCCAUGGACAAGUGGGAGAGGUGUCUUGCAGAGUGUGCCUGUGUUCGGUGCUGCGAGGGCGCUGUCCUGGCUAGGGGCUCCCGGGGGUCUCCUGGACGUGACCGGGCUGAGGGAGGCUGUGAGGGAGGGGCUGUAUCUGGGUGGAGCCAAGGUGGUGAACAUCACUGUGGGUGGGCUUCAGGCGGACCUGUGCUCCUGGCUGUUCCUGUGCCCCUCGGGUUUCCAGUGUGUGCCAACCGGCGGGGGCAAUGCCAGCUGCACCUCGCUGUGCCACACAGACUACUGCAAGAACAGCGGCAUCUGCAUGCACCACCAUGGCCAGCAGCCAAUGUGCCAGUGUCCUGUGGGUGAGGACUUCUGGUUCAUGGGCCGGCGGUGUGACUUGCGCAUGACACGGCAGAGGCUGGUGGGGGUGUGCCUGGGUGUCCUGCUCUCCGUGGCUGUCCUGAUGGCCGUCGUGUCCUUUCUGGCCGUCCGACGCGUCAAAGCCAUGCUGAUUCAGGCCAAGGUGGACCAGACACGCAGCAGCUAUCGGAGGUUCAAUCACUUCGACGAGCUAUCCGGAAGGUUCUGGCUGCGUUCGUGGCCAGGUUCAGCGGACUCCCUCGACAACCCCGGCUUCAGCCGAUCAGACGAGCUGCUGCACCUCAGAGCUCUUGAUCGUACCUGCUGUUACCAUGACGACACACUCUCCAUCGCGUCUACAUGCCCGGAGAGUGGAACACACCUCAACACAGUCUACACACAUGGAUCCCGUUACAACUGGGACCUUAGUGCAAGCAGCAUCAACGAGUGGAUGGCUGACUCUGGGAAGGCCAGCGACCUGUCUGUGUGCAGCUGGCCCAUCGAGCCCAUCCAGUGGACUCCCUUUCCCCUGCUACAGCAACUGGGCAUCCACAGAUCAGUUAAGACACCUCGGCCUCACUCCUACUGCGAGGGAAUGGAGCUGGUCGACCUGGAGAAAACCUGGACUACUUAACAACACAACCGACAAAACCGAAGUACAUAACAAACUGAACACGACAAUCUCACAACGAAGCCAACUACCCAAGAACCUUCUCCACGUCCACAACAACGCUCCUCUCUCUUUUUAGGAAGUAUACACGUACCAUGUACAACUGAAUCUGUUCUACAUGUCUAUACACACACACACACAAGUGCAAAUCCAAGGCUUUUCAUCUCAGUUUCUUAAUAUACAUUAAAUGUUCCGCAAAAUGUUUUAACAAAACGAGAAAAGCAAGAUCUGGAGAAAUUGUUGAUUUAUAUUUGGUAGAGCAUGUACUUAAUGGUUAAAUACUGGCAUGCCACUAUCAAGUCUGGGUAAUACUCAAUGUUUUUUUUUUUUUUUUACAAUGCUUUCAAUUUAACAAUAUGGAGAAAUUAACUUAAAAAGCUUAAAAAAAAAGAAAGAAAAAAAAAAGAUUACAAUAAAAAAAAAUUAAGGUCCAUGGCUUAGCCUAAUGCUGAAAUCUUUCUUUGAAGCGUUUAUAAAUUGUGCAUCAUUGUAGUAACUAAACAAUCAAUAUUGUAAAUAUUGUUUGUAUGUAAAUAUACACACAUUGUUUUCUGCAUGUAUUUGAACUACCAGCAAAAGAUUACAUUCACCACUGUUCUAGCCUUCCAGUGCCUCUAAAUUUCAAAAAGGCCUGGCAUUUCAAAAGACAAACCAGCGUUCAAACAACAACAACAACAUACUGAGCAGCCAAAACGUCAUGAUUUAUUAAUAUUGAGGAACUUCAGAUUUCAACACAACCAAACUGUACACGUUACAAUCACAUUCUAUUUGUAAACAGUUAAAAGCCACUUGACUCGUUGCAUCUUCGGACACAAUUUAAAUCAAGGCAAUGAAAUGUGGGCGACUUUUGCACUGUUAAAAUGUCAACCUUGUCUGUCUCUGAAUGACCAAACAAGAUUUUACUUUACUCUUUUUUUAGAACACCAUUUGUGGCAAGGAGAAAGAUUUGCAAAUAAAGCAUUUGCAAUUUAACAUUUAAAACAUCUCUAACAAAACAAAGUGAUUCUGUAAAGCCAGGUAUCUGGUUACAGUAUGCAUAGUUACUGAUUUCGGCUUUUUCUUUUUCUUUUUUUAAAGUACAACAGUUAAAUUCGACAGUCACAAAGAGCAAAAAACAUUGAGCCACUCGAUAAUGGGAAUAAAGGGAAGGAAAAUUACAAAUAUAGCGUUUGAGCAAACCAUCUCCACUCACUAAUAAAAAGACAGCAUUUUUCAAAGCAGUAUGUAGAACAUGUCCAGCUUAAAGCAGGUAUUUGGCAGAGAAAAACUUACAGAGCUAUAAGUAGUUUCAGUGCUAAAAGUUGGAUUUUCCUACAAGGAGUUUCUACUUGGGGAAACUGGGUAUAUUUCCUGAGAACCAUGCUCGUUAUUUAGCAGA